CAGAUGUAAAUGAAAAUAGAAUAGCGAAUAAACCACUUGUUGGAUAAUUACUUUUACACAUAAGAUUAGAUAAGUCUCUUAAAAUCUUAUUGUUGUCGUAAUAGUAAUAAGGUAAUAUCUGUUAGUUGGGAAGUAAUAUCACCCUUCAGUUCUAUAUUAUUAAUUUAAGUACCUAUGAUAUUUUAAUUUAUAGCAACAUAUUGCAAAAUGUUUUCAAAUUAUUUUAUUUCUCGAUAUAUUCAUCGAAACUGCCAAAUACUAAUAGUUGGAGGCGGUUCAGGAGGAUGUUCAAUGGCAUCCAAAUUUGCCAAAAAUGGUCAAAAUGUAAUCGUACUAGAACCAAAUGAAAUGCAUUACUAUCAACCAUUGUUCACAUUAAUAGGUGGAGGUAUGAAGACACUAUCACAAGCUCGUCGACCAACUAAAACUGUACUUCCAAAGAGUACAACAUGGAUAAAAGAUAAAGUAAAUGCCUUUAAUCCUGAAGGCAAUAGUGUUACAACAACAAAUGGAGAUACAAUAAAUUAUGAUUAUAUGUUGGUGGCAAUUGGAUUACAUUUAGAUUACGAUAAAAUAACAGGAUUAAAAGAAGCACUCGAUGAUCAAUAUAGUAGUGUAUGCACUAACUAUUCAUCUGAUUUUGUUGAAAAAACGUACAAGGUUAUGCAAAAUUUUAAAGGUGGGAAUGCAAUUUUUACACUACCUAAUUCACCAGUUAAGUGCCCUGGGGCCCCUCAAAAAAUUGUUUACAUUUUUGAAGAUUUUCUUAGAAAAAAAGGUUUAAGAGAUAAAGCAAAUAUAAUGUAUAAUACAUCAACACCUGCAAUUUUCGGUGUUAAAAAAUAUGCCAACCGACUAGAGCAAUUGUGUAGAAGAAGAAAUAUUACAGUUAAUUUGCGACAAAAUUUGAUCAAUAUCAAUUCAUCAAAAAACGAGACUACUUUUGAAUUGCUUGAUGAACCAAACAAAACAAUUACCAUGGAAUUCUCAAUGCUCCAUGUUACACCACCAAUGAGUCCUCCGGAAGUUUUAAAGAAGUCUAAACUCAGUAACAGCAUUGGGUUUUUAGAUGUUGACCAAUUUACUUUAUGCCACAAGGAAUAUAAAAACAUAUUUGGUAUUGGUGAUUGUACAAGCUGUCCAACAUCUAAAACAGUAGCGGCUGUGGCUGCCCAAAGUAAUGUAAUUUUUCAUAAUAUAAUAAAUUCUAUAAAUGGUAAACCCUUACUUAAAAAAUAUGAUGGAUACACGUCAUGUCCACUAGUUACUGGUUAUAACAAAUGCAUUUUGGCAGAAUUUGAUUACCAACUUAACCCAUUGGAAACUUUUCCAUUUGAUCAAGGAAAUGAAUUAAAAAGUAUGUUUAGAUUGAAAAAAGAUAUUUUGCCAAUUAUUUACUGGAAUGUUAUGCUCAAAGGUUAUUGGAAUGGUCCUGAAUCAAUUAGAAAAAUAUUACAUUUAGGUACACAAUAGUAUUGAAAAGAUAAAAAAUUAGUGUAUUAAAAUCAAAAUACAUAGUAUAUUAUAUAUUACCCAUAACUAUUUAUUAAGUGUUAAUAAAUGUAAACUU